UGUCCAUCGAGUGAAACAAACAUACUCUAUAUUUCAUAGUUAGGCACCAAAAUAGUUGGUUUCGUCUUAGUAGAUUGUGGCUGUAUAAUAUCGUAGUUUGUGUACAUUUCACGCGCUGUUUGACCAAAGUUAGCCUGUUUAAGGAACUCAAAACAACACCAUGUCCACGCUGAGCAACAAAUCCGACCAAGAAAUAAGCGCACUUCUUGAUGAAUAUGGAAUAAAGCACGGACCGAUUGUGGAUUCAACCAGAUCGCUGUACGAAAAGAAGAUACAACAGGCCAUGGGUAAUAAGGGAAAGGCAAAACCAUCCUCCGACAAAACCUUCUACAGAGAAGAGGAGGAAGAAGUUACCUAUUUGAGCUAUAGGUCACCUUCUAUGAGUGAAGGCUAUGGAGACAGGGAACAAUACUCUCAUUCAGGCCAGGAGUACGCUCAAAGGAACCUUCAGGAUGCAAAUCCCUACUUACGAUCAAGGUCUGAGGUCUUCAGGAGUCCAGAUGUUGACAAGUAAGUAUACGACACACCUUUGACUUACAGCACUGCGUCCUACUCAAACGCCACCCCAGUGAAAUGUAGUGUGCCCGUUCCGGAGGAGAAGUCUCAUCGCCUCAUUCCACUUUGGGUACAGUUUCUGGUCUUUCUGAUUGUUGCAGUGUUUCUGUACUUUGUGAUUUGCAACAUGGAGUCCACACACAGUGAGCCUUUUAAACAACUUAAGUAAAUUCCCUCUGGAUUUUAAUGGGGAAUGCAGUGUUUCAUUCACCUUUUUAAUACUUUUUCAAAAGUAUGGAAUAAAUCCAAUCCCUCUAAACGAGGAAUAUGUACUUUGCCAGUCUAAAAACAAUUUUUCCAAAGCAACACUAUAGUAUAAAGCACAGAUUUGCUUUAUUAUUUAUGUACAGUUUCUUCAGUCCAUAUUGAUUAACCCUGGGGCCGUGGCAAGAACAAAAUAUUUAGAUCAGUCGUGUUGUUUCCAUCUAUGUACAUAAAUGACCGAACUGUCAAGAACAGAAAUUGUAUUGUAUGACUGCUGAAAUGUUAGCAUUUAGUUGGGGAUUUGUUGAAUAAAUAAAUAAAGCGUUUUAGAAGGCAUUAGAAACAUUUAGUAGAAGCUUCUGGUGGCAGAAUCUGUUACAUUUGACACUUAUAUAAGAGAGCCUGUCACUUCCUUCCGAAAUUAGCAUUUGUACUGCGUUGCCAAUUCCAUGUUGUAUUUCCUGACCAUUGUUGUUAUUCACUGCAUAUAAUACUUUACAUUAUUUAAAAUAAAUUUGAUCAACCCUAUAAAA